AUGGGAAGAGUGAAAAUACAGAUGAAAAAAAUAGAGGAUAAACAACAAAGAAAUAUCGCAUUUGCCAAAAGAAAGAGUGGGCUUUUGAAGAAAGCUUAUGAACUAUAUAUUCUCUGUGAUGUUCAAAUUGCUCUGGUUUUUUUCUCUCCUUCUGGAAAGCUUUUCCUUUUUGAUUCCAAAACAAGGAUCGAAGAGACCAUACACAAGUAUCUCGAGCUGCCUUGCUAUAGACGUGGAAGUGAAAAUUUUGGCGACGGGGUUCGUUAUCAAACUCCAUCAAAGGAUAUCGAAGAUGAAAUCCGCGAAUACAAUGUCAAACUGGCCAACGUCGAAAAACAGCUGGGGUAUUUUUUGAAAAAUCCAAAUCAAUGGGAAUCUAUAGAUGAAAUUGCUUAUCAAGAGAAAUUACUCCAGAAGACAUUGGAUGAAAUUCGAUCUCGGAAGGUAAAUUUAUAUAGAUACCAAUUAUUUUCGAAAAUUACCUUUUUUAUGUCUUUUGAAAAUUAUAUUUAA